CCCAUGAUCUUACGGUGGACUCCAAAUGAUCCAUCGAGGCAGAAGAAGAGAAAUUGUCCUCGCAAUGAGGUCCCCUGCAUCCAUCAAGAAAGAAGCAUCAGCAUCAGCAUCAGCAUCGUCAACAACAAUGGCGUUUGAAAGAGGCGAUCGAGUAGAAAUUUUAAGCGAAGAAGAGGGUUUCGUAGGUUCAUAUUUUACAGCAAACAUCAUCACCUGGCUAAUGGACGAAGAGUACAUCGUCCAGUACAGAACUCUUUUGAAAGACGACGGUUCUGGUCCCUUGAGAGAGGUGGUCUCCGCCGAUCAGAUCCAGCCGUUGCCUCCCGAGAUUCCGGCCACAGGAUUUUCGUUGGCGGACGUGGUGGAUGCUUAUGACAAGGAUGGGUGGUGGGUAGGGACGAUUAGCGGGAAAAAGGGGUCGAAUUACUUUGUGUAUUUUGAAAGUACAGAGGAAGAGAAUGCUUAUCCCUUGCGUCUGUUGAGGAUUCAUCAAGACUGGGUUGAUGGUGCCUGGCUUUCUUCCAAAAACUAAGGUAUGUUACCUCCUGAAUCCUUGAUCCUUUUUGUUGGUUGGAUUUCUUGUAGAUAUUGAUGCAUUCAGUCACGGCCACGGGGUUCCAUUUUAUGUCAAGGAGGUAGCUAUAAAUAAACUUUUUCCUUUUUUGAUCAAAAUCGUAGGUAUGUUAUAGAUACUUCUUCUAGAAUAAACUUAAAGAAUCCUGUCUUCUUUCAAAAAGAAAUCCGACCUCUUAUUUGGAAACCCCGAUAUUUUUAUUGAUUAUAUCCUUAAAUGUCCACGUUGAAGACAUCGUAGCUAUUACAAUAUUUAAUCAAUUAGAAGACAAGUUUACCCUGAUAAUUAUAUAGAGGCAUUUGCUUGUUGGCACUUAUUUCGAGACAAAAUAGCAUGAUUUUAAGUAAACAAGUUGGAUUUUUAUUUAAAAUAGUUUGGGUCAGGUUCAAAGUUCAGGACCAAAACGGACUUUUGCC